CAGACACACUGAACAACACUGAGUUGAAUGAAAUAUAAUGGAAACAUGAACAUGAACGAUUGAAGCGCAAUGCAUUUUCCAUCACAGUCAUCAUUCGUGUUUCUUUUCUUCAUCACUGUAAGUUUGUCACAGGAGUUUCUCUCGAGUGAAUUGGACAUGUUUAAAACCUAAUCGUCUUUGCUAGAUAUUGAGGCUGCUAACUUAAUGUUUAACGUUUUCGUUGCAGCUAACAGAAUUUUCUUUUGCCUGUGAAAACUGGUCCGAUCAUGCUACAGGUAAGCUAAGGUAUUUUCCAUAAAAAGGAUAAUUAUGUAGUGGGAAUUUGUCAAUGUUUCCCUGAAAAACUGAAGAACUCUCACUGGUGACUUUUUCAAACUUCUAACUUCCUCUCACCCACGGUGAUGUUUUUAUAACAGGCACGCAUUUAUCUCCUUGCUCGUUUUUAAAAUUUAAAGCGCCGCUUCAAAUGGCGAUCGCACAUUAUUUUUAGAAUGGCUUGUUAACUUUAAGAGGGUUUAAGUUUGGGGUAGUAUUCAACGAUUAACCGGAACAUUUUAAUAAUUUCUAUUCGGCCAUAACUGGUUAACAAAUAAAAAUUAAGAGUUCACGUUAAGAAUAAACCAAACAUAAGUAAGGGAAAUUGUGUACUUGCAUAUAUAAUAUUAUCAUCAAAAUAAACUGCUCGAUAGCUCUUUGAUGUAAACAUUGAACAAUGUUUUUGAAAAUUUGGUCAGUUUACGAAGUGUGGAGAAUACUGAAGAAUAUCGAUCGGGUAUCGAUAAUUAAAAACCUUGGACUAACGAACACCUAUAAUUAUUUUCACGUUUUAUUUCAAGGUGAUAUUCCUUCCAUAUUCCUCGGCAAGAUUAAAUUUGAAAACAAAUAAAAAAAAAAUGAUAUCAUGACAGAUUUCCCUCUUAAAGUUACAGUUUGGCAUUUCCAUAAAGUGUUUGACUUUACUGCCGUUAUUUGCUAGAUAAGGAGUAUUUUGUAAUUGCAGCUAUCGGUGUUUUUACCCGAUCUAAGGGUAUUCGUUCGUCGGCCCAAUGUGCAAGAUUUUACUUUUGCUUAAAUUCAUGAUUCGCUACUCAACUGGUAUUCAUGGUAAUCAGUGGGUCAUUCCCGACUCCAUUCGCACCUCAUAGCCGUUAAGACAGGACCGCGGAUUUCGAAUUAUAUCUUAAUCAUGUCGAAUUAAUUACACUUAAAGGAAGAAAAGAUGGAGCGCACAGGGAGCAAAUUGUCCAAAUUCAGCGAAUUUUGCCACUGGAUUCUUAGCACGCGUUCUCUCGAGGUAAAGAUUGUUCAAAAAAUUACCUAAACGUAGUUUUAAAGCGAGAAGUUCUUAAUAGUUUUCCGCAUGCAUUUGUAAAACCGUAAUUUACAUUUCAUUUCAGAGAAAAAACAUGUUAGGUGUUCCAAUUGCGAGCUGCCAUAACUAUCUUGACAGCAAUUCAUUACACCAGGGAAACGAAUAGUAAAAAAAAAAGGUCACUUACGUGUACUUGGCAUAUCUUAGCCCCUACUCGAAAACUUAACAUAUUUACCGUGUCUAGAUAUAUUAAUGCAUCAGUGGGUGUAAGCGCAGGAUAAGACCCUUAUCGAACGAUAUAUCUUGAAAAUUCGCUGAGAUACGUUUACAUAGAACGGCUCGAGAGACGCUUCUACAUUUUUCAGCUAGAAAGGAGAAAAGUUUUGAGUCUUUGCCUUCACAGUAAACCCUAACAGCAACUCUACAUCGGAAUUAAAACAAAAAGCUCUACUCGCACCCAUGGAGGGAAUUUGUGCCAGUAUUCACGUUGCAUAAAAUAAACUCUAUCCCUAAUGAAAUUAGUAUGUUCAGUAACCAGGUCUGUUAUACCACCUGGCUAGUAUUUGAAUUAGAAGCUAUGUUAUGCAUAUGAUACUAAAGCUGCAUACAAAUUCAUCGGAAAUGAUACUGCCACUGCAAAAUGUAAACAUAACCUGAUCUAAAGUAAACGAAAUAAAUGGAAAAAUGUGCCUUUACGUGCCUGAAGGAAACCUUUUAAAUAGAAGCAUACCGUAUAAUAUCAAUUUUCAACAUGUGGUCACAUUCAUAGGUAACUAAAGAUGACUUGGUUGGGAAAUUGAUGGUUGAAAACUUGCCAGCUUAUAUUCAUUCUUUCAUCUACCGCGUGAUUUUUUUAAAUUCUCUCUAUAAGUUUGUAUUGGGGAUGUUUGUCUUAGAAUUGUCCUUAGUUACCAAAUCACCCGCAUAUCGGUCAAUCUUAAUAUUAACAUCUUAACUUGUCAAAUUUGCGUUUGUAUAUGACACCCCUCUGUUAAUUGUAUAAGCAGGAAGCUCCAAGACUCGAAAUAUGAGUCAUUUCAUAUAUUUCCAUUCAAUCUCCAAUGUGUCCUAUAAAACAAGGACAAAAAGAUUCUAGGGUUUUUCAAAAUAACAUAUCCGGAUAACGUUUCUCUUUUACCUUGUUUCUUGAUUUGCUGCUUCAGUGUAAUAACUACGAGAAGAUUUAAGUCGACAAAAAAAAUUUUCUUGGUUCAUUAGGUUCAUUGUUUUAGGCCCUCUGGUUUAUGAAGACUCUUCUUUUUCAGUUUAAUUUGAAAUCAAUUAGUUAUUUAGGCGAGCCGUAAAUCGAAAUUCUCCUCACUCCUCGUUUUUCUUAAGAAAAGCGAUUUUAGGUAAUUUUUGAAGAAUCAUAAAAACUAGGUGAAAAUUAUAAAUGAAAAAACGCUGUAUAAGUGCGUAAAUGAAAAGGACUCUGUCCUAUUGUUUGCUGAUAAAUUGCGUCAAAACCUCCUGUUUACACGUCCCACUUAACAACGACUGAUGCACCUGUUGGGGAAUAGCUAAUUAACGCUGAAAAAUUUGCAUUACCAUGCAUUGGGAUACGGAACUUUAGAAGAAUAAAGUCUACUUUUUACCUCUCCUUUCUGGACUGGGUUUCGCCAAUUAGCAUAGAAAUGGCUAAAAAUGAGAUUUUCGACAUUUUUUUGAAUAGUUUUUCUUGCUUAUUGGAUGUAAGGGACAUUUUAUCUGGAUAUUUAGAGAAGUAGGUGAAUAGCAAAACUGGCAGUGGGCUUUCAACCAAAAUGUUCGUAUGGGUUUUGUGUAACUCUGGCAGUAUUGGUCAGAAUUUGCAAAAUGAGUUAUCUGUGCAAAGACCUGUUCUCCCUGAAUUCGUUAUUUAUACUGUCUUACUUGAUUGCUUAUUAACUGAAAACUAAGUCGGUUCAGAAAUAGAUAAUCAGCAUUGCUCCAUAUCGACCAGAAAUGAAUCGAUCUGUAGCCAAGAGGUUAAUAAAUUCCUAACAGAAUGUUUAACUGACACCAAGGAGUCGAAACGAACGCACUGCAGUGAAAUCUUUAGCGUUUUUAUCUAUUAGACAUGUGUGUGUGUGAAAAGUGGAGACAAACUGCGGAACAAUAGCGAGCGAGUGCGAGUGCAAUGAGUUGAACUAUUUCGGCCUGUGCUCUUAACUUAUUUGUAUCGUCUUAACGGUUAAUAGACCCGUUUACAUGUAUAUAUAUAUAUAUAUUUUAUCUAAAAUGUUAUUAGAGCAGUGAAAUACUAUGGAUACCAUUGUAAAUUAUCUUCUAUCGACGCUUUUUGGAAAAUUGCUCUGAAAAUGAUUAAAAUGUACAGUAAAUGAGCUGAAAGUUGACUUUCACACCGGGUUGAGAAAUUAAAAAAUAAACCUUGUUAUAGAGAAAUUUUGAGGUAAUGUCUUCCUUAAAAGCUUCAAGUGUUAGUUGCACAGAGAAUGGUAAAGAGAUGUUGGGAAAACGUGCUGCAUGUUUAGAGUAUUGGGCGAUUUCCAGCACCAACGACAAAAAAAGUCCAAUUUAGUAAUUCAAAAAUUCUAAGUAGUGAAUAAAACGUUUUUUAAAAUUGCUUUUUCCAACCUUUUUAGAGAAAAAAGGAGAAACACGCUGAGUACACAUAAACGUGUCCAAUACAUUUUCUGGAAACUUUUCGUUUUUUUGUAUUCCACUUCCUUAGUAGAAUGAUUUUCACAUUUUCCCAAAAGUAGAUAGCUUAUGAAAUUUUUGCUUGGAAACUUCUUUCUCUAAGUUUCUUUUAUUACCGAAAUGGAGAGCGCCCGUCAUUUUGCUUUACCGCUCAAGAAUUCAAUGCUUUCUGCUUUUUCUUUAAAUGGCUGAAAGGGAUAAACUUAGGAUUGUGUUUGUUAAGUGUUAGGCUAAAGAGUCACAAAAAAGAAACUUCUUCCAACCAAUUGCAAAUGGUCAUGGGGCUUAGUAUUGACGUACGUUGUUGCUUGAUGUAUAGAGAGAUACAUAUGUCCGCGCAUGGUAGUUCACCAGAUGUAAACAUUCACUCGAAGCAACGACAUUCUUCGCCGGAUAAUUUUUGGACCUCAUUUUCACCCCUUAUCUUAACUGGUCUUGAAGUUUAUUCAUAAAAUGAAAUGAAAUGUCUGAAAUGUCUGUAACAAGUCGUGCUUUCAUCGUUUUCAGCUGUAUCUAUUGAUAACUAAUAAUUAUUUUUCAAUUGUUUACUACUUCUAACUAAAACCACAGUAGGAUUAGCUCAGAUAGGUAGAGCGCGCGCUUGACUGCAGAGAGCAGGGCGGAUAAAGGUUGGGCGGUGAAACGAGCACGUCCGAGCAAAAAGGUGUGAUGCAGUGGACUGGGACUCUGCUUAGAAAUGUCGCUUGUUUUCGACUUCGGUCAGGGCUUGCGAUAUGAUGUGGUUUGUACAUUAGACACUGCCGCUGUUACUGAAUUAUGGCGGCUUGAAUUGUUUUCUUGCACUUCUUCCUCGUUCCUUUGUGCUGGUACGAUGUCUCCGAGAGGCAAAUGUUGCUAUUUUUUGCGGGAGGUUUAGUUGGAGUAGACAAACAUCUCUUUCAAAGGGCUUCUCUGAUUACUUCCAUGACUCUACCACUGAAUUAUAUUUUCGUUCUACUACUCGCCAAUGUCGAUGUUAUUCCAAAACAAAAACAACUAAGUACUGUCAAAAACACGAAGGAAAAUGUCAUCCAUGGCAAAACUAAAAGGCAGUAGAUCGUGUGUUUCAUAACUAGAUGACGUGUAUUUUAUAAAUGCGUGCAGCUCGUGCAAGGUGCAAUUAUGCUAAUUUCAAUCACCAUCAUCCUUCUUUUUAAUUUUGAAAAAAAAACCAUCUCAUACGUCUUUAUGUUUCUUCGAAACUUCAAAAUUAGUUUCCCUUCAGUUUUUUCUGUUUAUCUUGUUUUGUUUUAGCGAGAAAAACGGAGAAAAAACCCUACAACUAACCUCAAUAAAUUUUGUUCACAUGCGGUUGCCGGAUUUGCAACGCAUUGUGCGAAUCGCCAUGGCGCCUUGCACCCGAGAAGCAAAGUUUGAAGAAGUACAACGCCACUAUAUCAAUAUAUAUCAAUCUAAUUUUUUGUUAUGUUAUAUAAAAUUUAUCCUCCUUUAACAUAUGUAAAAAUUGAGGUUAAGAAAUGUUAAGCUUUUGCAAACGAAACGGCGAAAGACGAUUAGGUGAUAUUUAGUAGAAGGAGGAGGUAUUCAACUCUUUCAAAUUUAACACAAAGUUUGGCAUUAUACGACCAACAAGUUGACUUAUAGACGUACAGACACAAACAUAUGAAACUGUUUAUUGAUAUUGUUAUGAAACGAAUUUGUCUAUUUAACUUUGUAGCCUGAAAUUACAGAAAGAAAAUAGGAUUUCCGGUUUGCAAAAAGGAAAAUUUCGCCGGCCUUGAAGCGCACCGGAAGCGCGGAAAGAGCGCUCGUGCCAGUCCUACUCCGCAUCACACAUUAAAUGAAGAGCGGAGCGCUCGUUUCACCGCCCAACCUUUAUCCGCCCUGGCAGAGAGGGGGGUCGUACGUUCGAUUCCCUGUGCUGAACCAACACUUAGGGUUCUAAAAUAACUGAGAAAUGAAGCGCUACCUCAGGUUUGUCCUGCAAACGGCUAGACCUUUGCGUGGCUCGUAAAAUGGCGCUGCCUCCCUUCUCCUGUAGGAGGCAUAAAAGUAGUGUCCUCAAUAAUUACUUUCAACCUGAGUGUAUUUUUUCACACGUGUAUCUAAACGGUUUAUGGAAAUACUUGUAAUGAGUUUUAGCUAUUUGACAAGUAUGCCAAGUAUGCCUCUCCGAAGAAAUAUUUUAUAGAAAUCGGUCGUUGGGUGCCCCUGCAGGCCAAACGUCGAACUUUUCAAGACACGAACUAAACUUUAAUUUGGGUCGACCUAACUUAGAGUCAACUUAAGUUUAGAUUUUCUUCAAUCUUGAGACACGUCGAACCAAUCAAAUCUGACCAAAAAGCAAUUGUAAUAAAUUGUCUCCCGAAAGAGGCUAAAUAUACAUCAUCAAGUUUAGUUUGUCGCAUGUGAAGAUCAACGUUUGUCCCGGAGACGAUUUUCAGACGUUUUAUUAGUCUGAUGCAGAUGGAUAGAACGUGUUGGACGUUCCAAACUCAUUUAGACUAACUCAACUGAGCCAGACGAAGAACUUUUCUUGAACUUAACUCACUAAGUUUGAUUCGUCUCAUAAAAAGUUGGAAUGCUUUGCCUAGGCCUAAGAUACCUAAACAAUUUUCCCCCUGAAACUGUGUUAAAUAAUAUCCCGCAUAGUUCAGAUUUUAUGUAGUUGAACGAUAUCUUUUUCUGUUUUAACAGAUGUGAUCAAGCUCCUAAAUGUCAGCCUAAAAUCCGAAGCGGCCAAUGAUUCCGGGAAAACUCCUUCCACGAACGGUUUAGCUUACAUCACAGUUAAUGGGGAAAACUACGCACCACAGACUAAGGGUUUCAAUGUAGCUGUUUUUGACCAUCUUUCAGGUAAAUCGAUAACCAAAGAAUAUUGCAACUAGAACACAGGAAAACAGCAUUUGAAUUACAGAAUGAUUCCGGGGCCUUAAUGGCUGGAAUUCUCCCAACGGCGUAUCCUUUAGGCCCGUUCUUAAAAGGGCGUAAUAAUAUGCUUAGAAACUGUCGGAUACUAGAACACGUUUUCUUUAGCUCAGGCUUGUGAGUCUUUCUGUAGAUCAUGAGUGGAUAGAAAGCUACGGCUGUCACUGUUUGGGAAUUAUGAGUUCGAAUCCAUUCAGGGAUUCAAUAUUUUGUCUUAAAAUCAUUUAUUCAUUGAUUCAUUGGACAGCGAAACCUAAGCUAAAGAUAUCCACUAGGUAAUAAAGUAAAACGUGAUCAGUUGUCAUCACAUCUCUCAUGCCCUCUCCUAUCCAGGUCGGUUUCUAACUUCAGCUGCAUUCGAUUGUGCUGCCAGCCAGGCUAAAUGCGAUAAGUUAGGUACCUUUCUAAGUGGUCUGCCCCAGGAUACAGUAGUGUUGAUUGCAAUACAAGAGUCUGGGUUAGUAAGCGGUCGAAGUCUCCCCACUAACCACCUGGAAGAGGUGGGAAUACAGUCAAAUUCCACUCUUCGCCCCAACUAUUCGUUCACUUCCAUUGGAUACAAAGGAAAAAACGCUGUGGAUUGGAAAAAAGAACUGCAGAAUAAUGACGGUGCAGGUCCCACUACAAUUGCAGCACUUAUCCCUAUCAAUUGUUCUUACGUGCCAUCAGGUUAGUUUCGACCUUUUUAUCUACCUGAUUUUAUUGUUUUAAGAAAGGAUACCAGUUAAAAGCCUUUUUUGUGUUAUUUCUGCCCUUUUUCUUCCAAAUCUUGCCAUGAUUUGAGACGUCCAUAGUUCUCUCGAUCAUUACGUUCCAGUGGCCAAGAACUGCUUACUGUGCCUCUGAAGACUUAUGGAGACCGCCGGGGUGUUCGGCGCUGCUGUGCCAAGGCUAUGGAAUAUUUUGAUCUCUGCCUUCGAAAGUGGCCGUCAAUAGCUAUUUGAAAAAAUGAAAACAAAAAAUUUUUUUCCUCACUGUCUAUUUAUUCUGUUCUUUUUUUAGAGUUUUAGAGUUUUAACUUUUAUUUCUUGUACAUGUAUUAAUAAUAUUUUCAAACUCUAUAAAUUUAUCCUCACUGGUAUUUUCAGCUUUUAUAAAUUAGUACCAUUAUAUUAUUGAGAUAUCAUCAGUAAAAAAAUGGGUCCAUAAGGACGGUAGUUUAAUUGGUUACAUAGAAGUUUGAAAACUUUUAGAUGAGUUUUUGAAUGUUUUCCAAUAAAUAAAAAUGGGGACGAGACUGUUUAAAAUUUAGAAAAACUCAGUAAAAAACGUUGGAUUUUUGGGUUGUUGAAAGUUAAAAAAACGAAGGAAAUCAAUUACCAAACAAAUACCAGAUAUUCCACCACCUCAACAAGGUGUCUCUGAGCCCAUAAUAAGAGAACUAACUGGUUUAUAUGUAUACCUUUUCUACCCUAAUUUCUUAUCUUCUCAAAUCACCUCAUUUCCCCCCCUAAAACCAGAUUAUGCCCCUAAACUGAUAAAAAGACAACAGACAUGUGCCGGAGGUGGUGAUGGUAGUGGAACGUGGCAUAGAAAGAAGCAGAGAAAAAAUACAAAUGUAGAAAAGGACCAAGGGGGUUGGCAGGAGGAGAAACAAUAAAUUUGUGAAAAAAAGAAAACGUGGAGAAGGAUAGGGUUGUGUAAAGGAGCUUGUGACUUCAAAUUGACGUUGUUUAGUCCUAGUAAAGAUUGUUUUCUCUAUUGCUCUCAAUGAUAUGUACUAUUUAGUUGUCGAGAAUCAAUGGACCGAAAUCCUGAACUACAAACAUCUGCAAUAAAUACAGUGAUCGUACAAAUGGAAACAAGAGUUAAACAGACCGUACUAUAUUACUAGGCUAAGCAUAUCUGGCAACCGACCCUUUGUAAAAUCUGUAUAGCUAAGGUGAACCAUCGUUUACAGUUUUAGUGGUAGCUCCAAAGUUAAAUUCCGCUGAGUAUAGUUUUUUUUAUUUUUGUAGCUUCCACAACUUGCAGUCCAUUCAACGUAGCUUCGCAAAAGUACGGUGGCAGCUGUAUGAAUUCAAGUAGUGGUGACUGUAGAUAUGCUACUGACGGCAAUUCUACUACGGGCUGGGAAUCUUCAUCAAGCGGCGUUGUCAAUUCCUACUUGAAAAUUGGAUUUCAUACCAGCUUUACUGUAAACAAGCUGCGAAUUCAACAAAGUGUGACUACGGGGCAGCAGAUUCAAGAGAUUUUGCUGGAGUUCAGUGACUGCUCACACGAGACGGUU